AUGCUUGAGAAGUUAAAAGAGAUAGAAACAAGAUAUUUAGAAAUAGAAAAAAGUUUAGCCGAUCCCGCACAAAUCGCGAAUCAGCAAAACCUGCAAAACCUCGCAAAGUCGCACGCGGGACUUGCGCCGAUUGUUUCAAAGUACACGGCUUAUCAAAAAACAGCCAAAGAGAUCGAGGAAACCUCUGCCCUGCUUGAACAAGAAACCGAUACUGAGUUUAUUGCUUUUGCCAAGCAAGAACUUGAUGCGCUUACUGAGCAGAAAGACGACUUAGAAACGCAGCUGAAAAUCUUGCUAAUCCCGAAGGAUGCGAACGAUGAGAAGAAUGUGAUUGUGGAGAUCCGCGCAGGUACAGGGGGCGAAGAAGCGAGCUUAUUUGCCGGAGAGCUUUUCCGGAUGUAUUCGAGAUACGCUGAUCAGAAGGGUUGGAAAAUAGAACUGCUCAACUCCAACGCAACCGGUUUGAAGGGCUUCAAAGAAAUUAUUUUUUCGAUUAACGGGAACCGGACAUAUAGUCAGUUGAAGUUUGAAGGUGGUACACACCGUGUGCAGCGCGUCCCCACAACGGAAGCUAGUGGCCGCAUCCACACAUCGGCGGUAACUGUCGCCGUAUUGCCGGAGGCGCAAGAGGUUGACCUCAAGAUUGACGCAGAAGAUUUGCGGAUUGAAUCGUUCCGUUCAUCGGGACCGGGCGGUCAGAGUGUCAACACAACCGAUUCGGCAGUCCGGGUCACAUACAUUCCUACCGGGCUCACGGUAUCCUGCCAAGACGAAAAGUCCCAACAUAAAAAUAGAGCCAAGGCGAUGAAGAUCUUGCGUUCCCGUCUGCUUGAACAGAUGCAAGCUGAACAGAAUGCCGAACGCGCGCAAACGCGGAGAUCUAUGAUUGGCAGCGGCGAUCGAAGUGAAAAAAUUCGCACAUAUAACUUCCCCCAAAGUCGGGUGACAGACCAUCGUAUCGGUUUAAGCGUUUAUCAGUUGGAUGUGGUCUUAGAUGGAGGCAUUGGCACUUUCAUUGAUGCCUUGAUAGACGCUGACCAAGCGGAGCAAUUAAAGAACUUAUCGUCGUGA